AAGUCUCGUCUGACAAAGUGUUCCAUCUUUCCCCCACCCUACUAUAGUAAAAAUUCAACGGUAUAUCGUGCACGGAACUAUGUUUGAUUUGUAUCAAUAAAGUUUCAACGUUGACUUAAAGUUUCACGAAGUCCGCAUCGUCUGGUUUACGAUUUGUUUAAUCAGCGGGUACACUAGCUAGCUCUUAACUUUCCGAUAUCUGUAACAGUAAUUAAAUGAAGUAAGUAGGAUAUAGGCCUAUACAGCAUACUUUUAUACCAUAGUAUGUGAGUGUAUUAUGAUACUACUAUUUAAUGCGGCAGGUUUUCAAUUGAUAAGGUUUAUAUGUUUGCAAAAAUUAGCCCAUAGACAUUAGGAAUAUGGCAGACAAAUAUUUAACAACCCCGAAGUAUGUAAAAGUCAAAGACGAGGCAACUGGAAUAGAAAUCGUUCUCCCUGGCGCAUGCAGCCAGAAAGAUUUUAACUCAGCAAGAAAAUAUAAAGCAAAAGACAGCGACGUGUUUGUGUGUUCUUAUCCUAAAACUGGAACCACUUGGUUGCUUACUAUUACAUGGCUUAUUGUUCACCAUGGGGAGGAGAUUCCUAAAAAUUAUACGGAUAGUAUCCCAACGUUGGAAUUCGACGGCUGUGAAAAUAUCGAAGCCAUUGAUGAUGGCGAAUUUCCACGAAUAAUCAAGACUCAUUUUCCAUACAAGCUGGUACCGAAAAAUUUAAAAGCAAAGUAUUUGUAUAUUACACGAAAUCCCAAGGAUGCUUUCGUUUCUUACUAUUUUCACGUAAGAGGGUUUAAUUCCGUUUAUCAUUGGAAAAAUCCAGAUCUUAGCAAUUUGUACGAAUUGUAUAUAAAGGGAGAGGUGACAUCAGGCCUCUUCUUUGACCAUUUGAAAAAUUGGUAUGCUCAUCGCAAUGACCCUAAUGUAUUAUUCUUGUUGUAUGAAGACGUAAAGCAAGAUCCAAGAAACGAAGUGUUAAAAAUAGCAAAGUUUCUCGGAGACGAGUACGAAAAAAAGCUUAAGAUGGAUGAUGGAAAAAUUUUGGAAAUUAUCUUAGAGCGUAGUAGUUUCAGUCAUAUGAAGGGAAUGAGUGCUUGGCAUACAACAUACCGGCCGGAAAACGAACCGUUUAUUCGUAAAGGAGUAAUCGGUGAUUGGAAAAAUCAUUUAAGUACAGAGCAAGCUGAUGGUUUAGAUCGUGCGCUUAUGGAACAUGGGAAAGAAAGUGGCAUCUCAAAAUUAUGGGACAAAUAUGCAGAAUUUUUGUAG